GUCGUUCUGGAGGCUGCGAAGCCAAGGCCGAUGACGCUGCCGCUGAAGUCCACGGCGCUGCUGUGCAUCGACUUCCAGAAGGACUUCCUGGACGAGGGGGGCUUCGGGCACGCGCUGGGCAACAACGUCACCGCCCUGGUGGAGGACUGCAUCCCCGGCGCCGAGAUCUUGCUCGCCGCGGCCCGCGAGGGCGGACGGCUGCCAGCCGUGGUGCACACGAAGGAGGCGCACCGGCCCGACCUGAGCGACUGCCCCGCCUGCAAGUUGGACGGCCCCCGCGCCGCGCCGGAUGGCAAGCGUAUUGGGCAGGAGCUGGUGGAAGGCCAUGGCCGUCUGCUAGUGCACGGUUCCCCCUGCAACGAGUUCGUGGACAGAGCGAAGCCCCUCGAUACGGAGAAGGUGGUGUGCAAGCCCGGCAAAGGCGCGUUUUUCGCGACCGACUUGCACGAGUACCUCCGCUCGAAGGGGGUUAGCCACCUCAUCGUGUGCGGCGUCACGACGGAGGUCUGCGUGCAGACCACCAUGCGCGAGGCCAACGACAGGGGUUACGAGUGCGUGCUGGUGGAGGACGCCACCUCGAGCUACAUCCCUGAGUUCAAGGAGACUGUAAUCCGCAUGGUCAGCUCGCAGGGCGGCAUCGUCGGCUACACGGUGAGCACCGCCCAGAGCGUGGCGGACGCCCUGCGGGCGGCCUCGCCGGCCUGA